GAAUAUUGUCAACGUUUCAUUUGAAAAGAUCAAAACAAGAAGAAUGUUUCUUCGUGACAUUGAGACAACUUGAGCCGAUUUUCGUGUUUUGUGGAAGCCCGUCCAAUGGCGCAGGAGGUGGAGAACUUCUUUGGCGUAUACAUGCUGUACUGCCUCAACCCCAAGUUUAAAGGGCGAAUCUACAUCGGCUUCACGGUGGAUCCCGAACGCAGGCUGAGGCAACAUAAUGCCGGGCGCCACAAAGGAGGGGCCAAGAGGACCAGCGGCAGAGGACCAUGGGAGAUGGUCCUCAUCAUACAUGGCUUCCCCUCUGACAUCGCUGCCUUGACAUUUGAGUGGGCAUGGCAGAACCCGCACUCCUCCCGGCGCCUCGCCCACGUCUGCCGGCGCGGCAGGAAAGAGUCCGGCCUGCAGUUCCACUGGCGCGUGGUCUCCAACAUGCUGCGCGUGGCCCCCUGGAGCAGGCUGCCGCUGACGGCUCGCUGGCUCAAACGCAAGUACAAGGUGGACUUUGAGCCCGCUCUUCGGCCCCCUCCGCACGUCACCCUCGCCUUCGGGGCCGUCAGGGCCAAGAAGCAGCGGCCGGGAGACGCGUGCGAAGACCGGGAGGAGACUUGCAGGUGUUUCCUCUGCAAUCGCUCUCUCAUGCCUUGGGAAAAGCUGCGUUGCGUUCACGCGUCGUGCGGAAUGCGCAGCCACGUGAUCUGCCUGGCUAAGCGUUUCCUGCGGCCCGAGCCCUCCCACCUCCUGCCCAUCGGGGGGCGCUGUCCCGCCUGCCACCGCGACGUGCUAUGGGGGAAUCUCAUCCGGCUCAAGCAAGGCUGCGCCGGAGACGCGUAA